GAAACCCUGUCUCAAAAAACAAAACAAACAAACAAAAAGUUUGUAGUAAUUGGUUGUUAUAACCUUUUCCAUUCCUAUUUCAGGAGUUAGCAUGAUAAAUGAUUUUUUAGUACAAUGAAUAGGAGCUUUGAAUCUUUGACCAGAACAUCUUACUAGAUUGUACCUUCAAAUAUUUCUGUAAAUUGCAUUUGAAUGAAUUAGAUAUUAUUUCUCUUGAUUUCUGCUCAGGUCUUGUUUUCUCCAUAAGACAUACUCUAGUUGUUUAAAAGCAGCAGAUGGAAGAAGGGGAUUGUAUUUAUUAGCUUUCACAAUGAAUGACUACUAUGGAUGUGGUAAAGGACUUAAAAUUUUUUGAUGAAUGAAAGAGAGCUGCAUCUUGCUUUCUGUACUAUUUUUAGCUGUGAGGCUAUCUCUUGUUCCUCUUGUAGUCUGUUAUAAGAGGAUCAGCAAAAGAUCUUUUAAAUAGAACUUCCUUUAAGCCCCAGACUUGGUUGCAGCUGGCAUAGCUAUAGAAGGGCAGCUUUUCCUCCCCCUGGGAUACAUACUGAAUCUGCCACAUAGCUGCUGGUAUGUUUACUCCUUACAGAAUGUAAAAGGCUGAUUAGGUGUUCUGUACAUGCCCGUUUCUAUCAAAAUAGGAAAUUUGGGUUCAUUUCUGGAAUCUCUUGCGGGGUUAAUAAUUUUUGCAGUAUGUCCUAUAGUGUAAAGAACAAUUGUCGUAAACUAGAAGGUAAUAUAGUAAUCAUCUUGAUAAUGUAGUCCUACUUUCUCUAAUUUUCAUGUGAUUUAUUAGAAGAAUCACAACUUGUUUCAAUUUUCCAUUUUUUUUCCUGGGAUUUUAACAAUUUCUACAAUGCUAGAGAAUUUAAACACUUAUGAGUAUUUAAGUUAGAGUCCUGUCAUAAGAGAUAACCUUUUCAGUCUUGAAAUCUAAAACAGUGUGUUUUGUUUCAUGAAUUAAGGGAUAGACAUCUUUAAAUGUGGCUGAAGUCCUGCUUCAAGUAUGGCAGGCAGUGACCAAAGAAAUAAUUCUGAGCUUAUUAUAGCUUGGUGAAGCUAUGCUUUUGCUGGCUGUGUCCUUUUAGACAUCUGGUGGAAUAGGGAGCGUUUCCUGUGGCAGCACUGUCAGCGAUGAAUAGAUGAAUGAAUUCAUCCGUGCUCAGAACUCACAGCACGUGUACUUUCAUCCUUCCAAGGACAUAAAAGAGCUGAGAGACCAACCUUAGCAAUGGUCCAGGCUUCAGGGUGGAGGGUGGCGGAAGAGGCUUUGGGACUGUCCAAGAAGGGGAGAUCUGCGUAGCUAGCGAUAAAGAAACAAAAGAGUCUGUGACAGUAUCGAAAGAAUCUGACAUUUGCUUUGUCUGUACAAAGGAUGAAAGGAAUUUUGCCGACUUAACCAAAACAAUAACUGGUUUUGUAUCAGUUUGAGCCCGAAAAGAGGCAGCAGAAUAAUAUGUUUUUUUUGUUGUUGUUUUUAUAUUUUUGAAGCAUAUUUACCUUCAGAAAUGGACGUGGAAUGCUUUUAUUUUUGGAAAGGAAAACGUGACACCGAUUUUACGAGCUUAGUAGCUGUAGGUGGAGACUCUUGUUUUGUUUGCCAAACCUUUUUAAUAAGCAGUGAAGUCUGGAUAGCAAAGAUUGCAGUUGCUUUUCCUGGGACCUUUGUUCUUCUCUUGGUACUUAAGAUAAUUUCAGACAAAGGAGGCUAUGUAUGGAAAAGAAAAGCAAAUAUCAAGUAUUUUCUCUGUUCCUGCUUUGAUUCUAAUGAGAGUUUUCUAUAUUUUAGUAUUAGGCAAUAAUUGUGUCCUAGGUUAGCUGUUUGCUGGGUUACUGGGCACAGCCUGCUGUUCUGAAUGGACUGUUUACCUCUUUAUUCAGCAGUAAAUAGGUGCUAGUAGUUGGUGUCUGGGGAGUGGCUUUUUUUUGUCUGAUAUUUGCUAUGGAUGAUUCGAGUAUUCUGAGAAGGAGAGGUUUACAGAAGGAAUUGAGCCUUCCAAGGAGAGGCAGCUUUUGUCGGACAAGUAACCGCAAGAGCUUGAUUGUAACCUCCAGCACAUCACCUACGCUACCAAGGCCACACUCCCCACUCCAUGGCCACACAGGUAACAGUCCCUUGGACAGCCCCCGGAAUUUCUCUCCAAAUGCUCCUGCUCACUUUUCCUUCGUUCCUGCCCGUAGCCAUGGCCACAGAACAGACAGAUCACCCAGGACCCAUCGGAAAGGACUGAUGGACGGCGCUGGUCUUUGGCCUCGUUGCCUUCUUCAGGCUAUGGAACCAACACUCCUAGCUCUACAGUCUCUUCAUCAUGUUCCUCACAAGAAAAGCUUCAUCAGUUACCUUUCCAGCCAACAGCUGAUGAACUACACUUUCUGACGAAGCAUUUUAGCACAGAAAACGUACCAGAUGAGGAGGGACGUCGGUCCCCAGCCAUGCGGCCCCGUUCCCGCAGCCUCAGUCCUGGACGGUCCCCAGUUUCCUUUGACAGUGAAAUAAUAAUGAUGAAUCAUGUGUACAAAGAAAGAUUCCCCAAGGCCACUGCACAGAUGGAAGAGCGACUAGCUGACUUCAUUUCCUCUAACACUCCAGAUAGUGUGUUGCCCUUGGCAGAUGGAGCACUAAGCUUUAUUCAUCAUCAGGUGAUUGAGAUGGCCCGAGACUGCCUGGAUAAAUCUCGGAGUGGCCUCAUUACGUCACACUAUUUCUAUGAACUUCAAGAGAAUUUGGAAAAGCUUCUGCAAGAUGCUCACGAACGCUCAGAAAGCUCAGAUGUAGCCUUUGUGAUACAGCUGGUAAAAAAGUUGAUGAUCAUCAUUGCUCGCCCAGCUCGCCUCCUGGAAUGCCUGGAGUUUGACCCUGAAGAAUUUUACCACCUGUUAGAAGCAGCUGAAGGUCAUGCCAAAGAGGGACAUGGAAUUAAAUGUGACAUUCCCCGCUACAUCGUUAGCCAGCUGGGCCUAACUCGGGAUCCCUUGGAGGAAAUGGCCCAGUUGAGCAGCUAUGACAGUCCAGAUACUCCAGAGACAGAUGAUUCAGUUGAGGGUCGUGGGGUAUCUCAGCCAUCUCAGAAGACCCCCUCUGAAGAGGACUUUGAAACCAUUAAGCUCAUCAGCAAUGGCGCCUAUGGGGCUGUCUUUCUGGUGCGGCACAAGUCCACGCGGCAGCGCUUUGCAAUGAAGAAGAUUAAUAAGCAAAACCUAAUCCUACGGAACCAGAUCCAGCAAGCAUUUGUGGAACGCGACAUACUGACUUUCGCUGAAAACCCCUUUGUGGUCAGCAUGUUCUGCUCCUUUGAGACCAAGCGUCACUUAUGCAUGGUGAUGGAAUACGUAGAAGGGGGAGACUGUGCCACUCUGCUCAAGAACAUCGGGGCCCUACCUGUGGACAUGGUACGCCUGUACUUUGCGGAAACUGUGCUGGCUUUGGAAUACUUACACAACUACGGCAUCGUGCACCGUGACCUCAAGCCUGACAACCUUCUGAUUACAUCCAUGGGACACAUCAAACUCACUGACUUUGGACUUUCUAAAAUCGGCCUCAUGAGUUUGACAACCAACUUGUAUGAGGGUCAUAUUGAAAAGGAUGCCCGGGAGUUCCUAGACAAGCAGGUAUGCGGGACCCCGGAAUACAUAGCACCUGAGGUGAUCCUGCGUCAGGGAUAUGGGAAGCCAGUGGACUGGUGGGCCAUGGGCAUAAUCCUGUAUGAGUUCCUGGUGGGUUGCGUCCCUUUCUUUGGAGACACUCCGGAGGAGCUCUUUGGGCAAGUGAUCAGUGAUGAGAUCGUGUGGCCCGAAGGUGAUGACGCGCUUCCCCCAGAUGCCCAAGACCUCACUUCCAAACUGCUUCAUCAGAAUCCACUAGAAAGACUGGGCACAAGUAGUGCCUAUGAAGUGAAGCAGCACCCAUUCUUCAUGGGUCUGGACUGGACAGGACUUCUACGGCAGAAGGCUGAAUUUAUACCUCAGCUGGAGUCAGAGGAUGACACCAGCUACUUUGAUACCCGUUCAGAACGAUACCACCAUGUGGACUCUGAGGAUGAGGAGGAAGUGAGUGAGGAUGGCUGCCUUGAGAUUCGCCAGUUUUCUUCCUGCUCUCCAAGGUUCAGCAAGGUUUACAGUAGCAUGGAACGGCUUUCCCUGCUUGAGGAACGCCGGACACCACCUCCAACCAAGCGCAGCCUCAGUGAGGAAAAGGAAGAUCACUCAGACGGCUUGGCAGGACUGAAGGGCCGAGAUCGCAGCUGGGUGAUUGGGUCCCCUGAGAUAUUACGGAAGCGGUUAUCUGUGUCCGAGUCAUCCCACACAGAGAGUGAUUCGAGUCCUCCAAUGACAGUGCGACAUCGGUGUUCAGGCCUCCCAGAUGGGCCUCAUUGCCCUGAGGAGACUAGUAGCACCCCUCGGAAGCAACAACAGGAAGGUAUAUGGGUCCUCAUUCCCCCAUCUGGAGAGGGGUCAUCUAGGCCUGUUCCUGAACGACCGUUGGAGAGGCAACUGAAGCUGGAUGAGGAGCCUCCUGGCCAAAGCAGUCGGUGUUGCCCAGCCCUGGAGACACGAGGCCGUGGGACCCCUCAGCUAGCUGAGGAAGCUACAGCCAAAGCCAUCAGCGACCUAGCUGUGCGUAGGGCCCGUCACCGGCUGCUCUCUGGGGACUCUAUAGAGAAGCGCACCACUCGCCCUGUCAACAAAGUAAUCAAGUCAGCCUCAGCUACGGCCCUUUCCCUCCUCAUUCCUUCAGAACACCAUGCCUGCUCACCAUUGGCCAGCCCUAUGUCCCCACAUUCCCAGUCAUCCAAUCCAUCAUCCAGGGACUCUUCUCCAAGCAGGGACUUCUUGCCAGCCCUUGGCAGCUUGAGGCCUCCCAUCAUCAUCCACCGAGCUGGCAAGAAGUAUGGCUUCACCCUGCGGGCCAUUCGAGUCUACAUGGGUGACACUGAUGUCUACACCGUACACCACAUGGUGUGGCAUGUGGAGGAUGGUGGUCCAGCCAGUGAAGCAGGGCUUCGUCAGGGUGACCUCAUCACCCAUGUCAAUGGUGAGCCUGUGCAUGGGCUAGUCCACACAGAAGUGGUGGAGCUGGUUCUGAAGAGUGGAAACAAGGUAUCAAUUUCAACAACUCCCUUGGAGAACACGUCAAUCAAAGUGGGGCCAGCUAGGAAAGGCAGCUAUAAAGCCAAGAUGGCCCGAAGGAGCAAACGGAGCAAAGGCAAGGAUGGGCAAGAAAGCCGAAAAAGAAGCUCCCUAUUCCGGAAAAUCACAAAGCAGGCCUCCUUGCUCCACACCAGCCGCAGCCUUUCUUCCCUUAACCGCUCCUUGUCAUCAGGGGAGAGUGGUCCAGGCUCUCCCACACACAGCCACAGCCUCUCUCCCAGAUCUCCUCCUCAGGGAUACCGGGUAGCCCCAGAUGCUGUGCACUCAGUAGGAGGGAAUUCCUCGCAGAGCAGCUCUCCCAGCUCCAGUGUGCCCAGUUCUCCUGCUGGCUCUGGACAUACACGGCCCAGCUCUCUUCACGGUCUGGCACCCAAGCUCCAACGCCAAUACCGCUCACCACGGCGCAAGUCAGCAGGCAGCAUCCCACUGUCACCGUUGGCCCACACCCCUUCCCCACCAGCAACGGCAGCUUCACCUCAGCGUUCCCCAUCACCCUUGUCUGGCCAUGGGUCUCAGUCCUUUCCUACCAAACUUCACUUGUCUCCUCCGCUAGGUAGGCAGCUCUCACGGCCCAAGAGUGCAGAGCCACCCCGCUCUCCCCUACUUAAGAGGGUGCAGUCUGCUGAGAAGCUGGCGGCUGCACUGGCAGCUGCUGAGAAGAAGUUAGCACCUUCCCGCAAACAUAGUCUUGACCUGCCCCAUGGUGAACUAAAGAAGGAACUGACACCCAGGGAAGCCAGCCCUCUGGAGGUAGUUGGAACCAGAAGUGUGCUAUCCGGGAAAGGGCCACUUCCAGGAAAGGGGGUACUGCAGCCUGCUCCUUCACGGGCCCUUGGGACCCUACGGCAGGAUCGAGCUGAACGCCGUGAGUCACUGCAAAAACAAGAAGCAAUCCGGGAAGUAGACUCCUCAGAAGAUGACACUGAUGAGGAGCCUGAGAACAGCCAGGCCACACAGGAGCCAAGAUUGUCCCCCCACCCAGAAGCAAGCCACAAUCUACUCCCUAAAGGUUCAGGAGAGGGUACAGAAGAGGACACUUUCUUGCACAGGGAUCUAAAGAAGCAGGGCCCUGUACUCUCAGGUCUAGUGACAGGGGCCACACUAGGCUCCCCCCGAGUAGACGUUCCUGGGCUCUCCCCAAGGAAGCUCAGCAGGCCACAAGCCUUUGAGGAAGCUACCAACCCCUUACAAGUCCCUAGCCUGAGCAGGUCUGGACCCACAAGCCCCACCCCCUCUGAAGGCUGCUGGAAGGCCCAGCACCUCCACACACAGGCACUAACUGCACUUUGUCCCAGCUUUUCAGAACUUACCCCUACCGGUUGUUCUGCUGCCACCUCCACCUCUGGAAAGCCAGGGACAUGGUCCUGGAAAUUCCUUAUUGAGGGUCCAGACAGAGCAUCCACGAACAAGACCAUAACAAGGAAAGGUGAACCAGCUAACUCCCAAGAUACGAAUACCACGGUCCCAAAUCUUCUGAAGAACCUGUCUCCUGAGGAGGAGAAGCCACAGCCACCAAGUGUGCCUGGGCUGACCCAUCCGCUUCUUGAGGUCCCCAGCCAGAACUGGCCAUGGGAGUCUGAAUGUGAACAAAUGGAGAAAGAAGAACCAUCCCUGAGCAUCACCGAAGUGCCUGAUUCCUCAGGCGACAGGAGGCAGGACAUUCCAUGCAGAGCCCACCCCCUGAGCCCAGAAACCCGGCCCAGCCUGCUCUGGAAAAGCCAAGAACUUGGGGGCCAGCAAGAUCAUCAGGACUUAGCACUGACAUCAGAUGAGCUCUUAAAGCAAACCUAGCACUUGUUUGCUUCCCUUACAUUCACCUGUGUAAUACACCCUCCUGGAAACCA